AUGGACGAGUAUAAGUCCACCGUCCCUCUGUGGAAGCGAAUAUGGCAGAAUAGCUUGACACAGAUGCUCCUUAUGAGUAUUCAAGCUUUCUGUGGACCAGCUAUGGGCGAUGCCAUCGGUGGCCUCGGUGGUGGCGGCCUUGCAACUCCUCAAAUAUCAAACAUUGCGUCCGCGGUCGGAUAUGCGGCACUAGCUGUCACCUGCUUCAUGGGUGGCCCUAUUACCAAUAAGCUUGGUACGAAGUGGGCUUUAGUGAUUGGAUCGAUGUCAUUCCCCAUUCGGGGCUCAUCAUACUAUUGCAACAGCAAGUUUGGAAACCAAUGGUAUCUUAUUCUUGGUGGUGCAAUUGGUAGUAUAGGCGCUGGCUGUUGGUACGUUGCCGAGGCCGGGACUAUUCUGACGCUUGCACCUUCGGGAGCUCGUGGGAAGUAUUUGGCACUUUGGAUUGUAUCCCGAAACCUUGGACAGCUAGUUGGGGGUUCAAUAAAUCUAUCACAGAACCAUGAGGAAAGUGUCAGCAACGGGUUGACAGCUGAUACCUACAUUCCAUUUAUUAUCAUUGAGUGUCUCGCUUUUCCGUUUGCGUUUUUCAUUUCUCCCUUGGAACGAGUCGUCCGAUCUGACGGCACAAGGGUUGUCAUGGCGGAGGCUCUUUCUACUAAGAAGGAGAUGAAGCAAAUUAUCAAGACCUUGACUUCAAAGCUUGUUUUACUGUCUGCUCUCUGGGCAGUAUGGUCGUUCUUCUACAGUGGUAGCUGGUCAACCUAUCUAGCAACCUACUUUUCUGUCCGUGCCCGCGCCCUCUCCUCCCUUAUCUCGCCAUUCUUCUGCAUUGUUGGCUGCUUUGGUCUCGGCUUUAUCCUCGAUGCAAAGUACCUGAAUCAACGUCGUCGCGCUCAAUUCGGUCUCUACAUUGUUGUUCUCCUGAAUGUGGGUGUCUAUGUCUGGUCUAUUGUUAAGCAAGUCAAGUUCAACCACCAUAAUCCUGGCCAUAUUGACUGGGAUGAUGAACCAUAUGCUUCAUCUUUCUUGCCAUAUUUCUUUGUACAGACAACUGGUCCAUUAUCCCAGUCAUAUAUGUAUUGGCUGCUGUCGUCUUUCGGCACAAGCGCACAAGAGAACGUCCGCAAUGGCGCGGCGUUUAGAUGUAUUGAAGCUGUUGGUCAAGCCAUUGCCUAUGCCAUGAACUCUCAGACAAAGAGUAGCCCUCUUGUUGGAUUCUGUGUGACGUUCGGACUCCUCGGGGCCGCUCUGCUACCCAUGAUUAUACUAGUCAAUAUGACACCGGAAAAGCCUCUCGCUGAUAUUGAUACCGAACAGCAACAAAUAGUCUCUGAUGACAAGGGUGGGGCUGCCAAUGGCUAUGCUAAGCCUAGAAUGCAGGAAUAA